AUGAUGACGAAGGAAAACCUGCUGAACACUCUGGAGGAUUUGUUAGAGAAGGAAUUUGAGGACUUCAAGUGGUUCCUAAAGAGUGAAAGUCACCAAGCCAUCAAAGCAUCCCGGCUGGAGAAUGCAGAGAGACGACACACUGUGGAUCUGAUGGUGCAGACCUACCAACUUCCUGGAGCUGUGGAGGUGACCAAGAAGCUUUUAAAGAAGAUCAACAGGAAUGAUCUGCUGCAGAGUUUAUCAGACAGCAGCUCAGGACCAGAAGGUCAGUCACAGGAAGACAGAAACAUGAUUCUACAGCCAAUCUCAGCUGAGAGAUGUUUGUGUCACACAGAUGUGAUAGUUCCAGUACCAGAACCACAACCCAUCUCAUAUUACCAAGGCAGUGUUCAGUCCAAUGUCCAAGACACAUAUAUGUGUGCACAACAGGGGUGGGAGCAGAAGAAGGAUGAGCAACGUCUGGAUGUUAUUUACACAGAGGUGUACAUCACAGCAGGUGGUGAUGUACACAUCAACAGACAGCAUGAGGUCAGACAGAUUGAGACAGCAAGGAAGCCAGCAGACACUGAGAAACCAAUUCAACCCAGUGACAUGUUCAAAGACCCAUCUGGAGAAUACAGACCCAUCAGGACAGUUCUGACCAAUGGAAUUGCAGGAAUUGGAAAAACGUUCCUUGUACGCAAGUUUGUGUUGGACUGGGCCGAAGGACGAACCAACCAAGAUGUGCAUCUCAUUUUCCCCUUCACCUUCCGUCAGCUGAAUCCACUGAAGGAGGAAAAGUUUCGUUUGGCAGAGCUCAUUCACAAAUGCAUCAGAGAGACCAAAGACAUCAAGGAGGAGGCUCUAAAUCACAUCUUUACAACUCUGCAGUCAUCAGGAAACACCAACUUUGACAAAAGUCCAUUCAAACUUCUGUUUGUUUUGGACGGACUGGAUGAGAGCCGCCUUCAUCUGGACUGCUCGACUAAUAAAAGGCAGGAUAAAGACUUUGAUGUUACAGAGUCCACCUCAGUGGAUGUGCUGCUGAGAAACCUCAUCAAGAAGAAUCUGCUUCCGUCUGCUCGCCUCUGGAUAACCACACGACCUGCAGCAGCCAAUCAGAUCCAUUCUGAUUUUAUUGACAUGGUGACAGAGGUCAGAGGGUUCAAUGACCCACAGAAGGAGGAGUACUUCAGGAAGAGAUUCAGAGAUAAGAAGGCCACAGGCAGCACCAUCAUCUCCCACAUCAAGACAUCACGAAGCCUCCACAUCAUGUGCCACAUCCCAGUCUUCUGCUGGAUCACUGCUACAGUUCUGGAGGAUGUGUUGAGCAGAGAGGGAGGAGAGCUGCCCAAGACCCUGACUGAGAUGUACAUCCACUUCCUGGUGUUUCAGAUUAAUCAGACAAAAGAAAAAUAUGGCCCAGAUAAAUGCUUGCAGUACAUUAAGUCAUUAGCAAAACUGGCUUUCCACCAGUUGGAAAAGGGCAACCUGAUCUUCUACGAGAAAGACCUGAUAGAGAGUGGCAUUGAUGUCAGUGGAGCCUCGUUGUGCUCAGGAGUGUUCACACAGAUCUUUAAAGAGGAAUGUGGGAAAAAGAAUGAUGAAGAACACAUAUUCAGCUUUGUCCAUCUGAGCAUUCAGGAGUUUCUGGCAGCUUUCUAUGUACAGAGGUCUCUCGCUAACAGAAACAAGAAUGUCAUGUCUGAGCCAGGGCAAACUUGUGGUGGACAUGUACGAAUGUUUUUCAGCAAACCAUCUGUGAGAGAGCUCCACAGGUUUGCUAUUGACAAGGCCUUAGAGAGUCCAAAUGGAACCCUGGACUUGUUCCUUCGCUUCCUCCUGGGUCUUUCACUGAAGACCAAUCACGAUAAACUACAAGACCUGCUGAUAAAAAGAACAGGAAGCUCAGAGACCAGUCAGAAAACAGUGAAGUACAUCAAGGAGAAGCUCAGUGAGAAUGUUUCUGCAGAGAGAAGCAUCAAUCUGUUCCACUGUCUGAAUGAACUGAAGGAUCAUUCUCUAGAGGAGGAGAUCCAACAGUACCUGAGAUCAGGACGUCUCUCCACAGGUGAACUGUCUCCUGCUCAGUGGUCAGCUCUGAGCUUCAUCUUACUGUCAUCAGAAAAAGAUCUGGACGUGUUUGACCUGAAGAAAUACUCUGCUUCAGAAGGGGCUUUUCUGGGGCUGCUGCCAGUGGUCAAAGCCUCCAACAAAGCUCUGUUGAGUGACUGUAAUCUCUCAGAGAGAAGCUGUGCAGCUCUGUCCUCAGCUCUCAGCUCCCAGUCCUCUAGUCUGAGAGAUCUGGACCUGAGUAACAACAACCUGCAGGAUUCAGGAGUGACGAAGCUGUCUGCUGGACUGGAGAGUCAACAUUGUGCACUGGAGACCCUCAGGUUGAGUGGCUGUAAUCUGACAGGGAGAAGCUGCGAAAUUCUGUCCUCAGCUCUCAGCUCCCAGUCCUCUAAACUGAGAGAUCUGGACCUGAGUGAAAACAACCUGCAGGAUUCAGGAGUUGAGCAGCUGUCUGCUGGACUGAAGUCUUCACACUGUAAAAUGGAGACUCUCAGACUGAGUGGCUGUAAUCUGUCAGAGAGAGACUGUGCAGGUCUGUCUUCAGUUCUCAGCUCCAAGUCCUCUAGUCUGAGAGAUCUGGACCUGAGUAACAACGACCUGCAGGAUUCAGGAGUGAAGCAGCUUUCUGAUGGAAUAGAGAGUAAACACUGUCACCUGGAAACAUUCAGGUUGUCAGGCUGUAUGAUCACAGAAGAAGGCUGCACUUCUCUGGCCUCAGCUCUGAGCUCCAACCCCUCCCAUCUGAGAGAGCUGGACCUGAGCUACAAUCAUCCAGGAUACUCAGGAGAGAAUCUGCUUUCUGUUGGACUGAAGGAUCCGAGCUGGAGACUGGACACUCUCAGACUGGAUCAUGGUGGAGAGCAGAGGCUGAAACCUGGUCUGAGGAAAUAUUUCUGUGAACUCACAGUGGACACAAACACAGUCAGCAGAAACCUCAAACUGUCUGACAACAACAGGAAGGUGACACAUGUGACAGAGAGGCAGUCAUAUCCUGAUCAUCCAGAGAGGUUUGAUGACUGGUCUCAGCUGCUGUGUAAAGAUGAUCUGACUGGUCGCUGUUACUGGGAGGUCGAGUGGAGAGGAUGGGUUCUUAUAUCAGUGAGUUACAGAGGAAUCAGCAGGAAAGGAAACAGUGAUGACUGCAGGUUUGGAGGGAAUGAUCAGUCCUGGAGUCUGAUGUGCUCUGCUAGCGGUUAUUUUUACUGUCACAAUAACAUAGAAGAAUUCAUCUCCUCCUCCUCCUCCUCCUCCUCCUCCUCCUCCUCCUCCUCUGUCUCUAACAGAGUAGCAGUGUAUGUGGACUGUCCUGCUGGCACUCUGUCCUUCUACAGAGUCUCCUCUGACACACUGAUCCGCCUCCACACCUUCAACACCACAUUCACUGAACCUCUGUAUGCUGGGUUUAGGUUACUGUCUGGUUCAGUGUCUCUGUAGGAGG